UUAAACAAAUACAUCACGUUUUCUCUCUCUUGAAACCGUCGACGUCAUCUCGAAAGAACGAGACACAGUUAGAGAGAGAGAGAGAGAGAGAGAGAGAGAGAGAUGGGUGGAGCUGCUCAAGCGUUGAAGAGAAUCCCUCGCAUCAAAUUCCCUCAGAGACAUCCAAAACCCACUGGUUCUGCAUCUGAGAUUCAAGCACCAGCCAAAGAUGGCGACCAUGAUAUCCAAGCAAUCUUCUCAAGUUUGAAGGGAUCAACAUCUGUGGGAGGGAAAGCUUCUCUUCAGCCCAAACGAACACCGGUGUCGAAUGAGGAGAUUGAGGCUAUUCUGUUGGGUGGCUGCAUAUGAUGUUUCGGAGGAGCUUCAAGGGUGCUAUGUCUUGCAACAGAAUAACCAUUUUUUUU